AUGGGAAAAAAGGCUGCGAAAGCAACGCGAAAAUUUGCGGCUAGCGGACAGCUCAAGAAGACGAUUCAGACGAGGCGCAAGCAGCGAGACAUCAGAAAGAAAGCGGAAAAACGGAAAGCAGGCAAGGGCAGGGGCAAGGAGCUGCCGCAGGAUAAGCCUGAGGACGACGUUUCAGACGAUGAGGGCCAAACUCAAUCAAAGGGAAUGUCUGUCGACGACUUCCUUGGCGGUGGCUUCAUGGAGGGUGAAGAGGACGAACAGGAGGAUGCUCCAAUGUCCGACGUCAGCGAAGGCGAGAGCGACGACGAGGACAUCGGGGAUAACGAGUCGUUCGCAUCUGUGGACGACCUCGAUGGCGAAGGGCGGACACAUAUGCUUGAGCUCUCGACGCUAGCAGAGAAGGACCCGGAGUUCUUCAAGUACCUCCAAGAAAAUGAUCGCGAGCUGCUGCAGUUUGACCCUGACGGCGCCGAAAACGAUGUAGAGUUCGAAGAAGACGUAGACGAGGAGCUGCCGCCGGAGGCAAAGGCACCCGUUCUGACGAAGGAGAUAUUGCGGAGGUGGCAAAAAGCUCUCCUGGAGCAACGAUCAUUACGAGCCCUAAGGCGACUGCUUAUUGCAUUCCGUUCCGCGGCGCACAUGAACGAGGAAGAUCAGGAUCUCGCGUGGACCAUCGACAGUCCCUCAAUAUACAACAAGCUCGUGGUCACGACGUUGAGGUAUACGCCCAUUAUCUUGGAUCACCAUUGCCCGUGUAAGGCUACUCUCAACGGCAAGCUGAAGGGCCCUACGCAGACACCGAAAUGGAAGACACUCCAGAAGCUCAUCCUGUCGUACUUCUACAAUGCCGUACACCUCAUAUCACAACUCAGUGAUACGGAGAUGUUACGCAUGGCUGUCUCGGAGAGCUCCAAGCUCUUGCCGUACGUCAUGGGCAGUCGCAAAGCCGUCAAAGUUUACCUCAAGGCGUGCCUCGACCUGUGGUCUAGCGCGGAAGACAGUGUCCGGAUAGCAGCAUUCUUGGCUAUUCGCAAAUUGGCAUCCGCAACCGAUGCGUCUAUCAUGGAUUUGGUGCUCAAGAACACGUACCUCACCCUGGUGCGCUCGUGCAAGUCGACUAGCGUGCAUACGCUGCCGUCGAUCAACCUGAUGAAGAACUCUGCAUCGGAGUUGUACUGCAUGGACCAUGCAGCGGCGUAUCAGCACGCCUUCGGAUACAUCCGGCAACUUGCUAUUCAUCUGCGUAACAGCAUGAAAGUCAAGAGCAAGGAAGCGUACAAGCAAGUGUAUAACUGGCAAUAUGUGCACUGCGUGGACUUCUGGGCACUUGUUCUGGCUCGGGCGUGCGACACGCAAGCUCAAACAGAGCGGAAUGGCAAGGAAAGCGAGCUAAAGGCUCUCAUCUACCCUUUCGUCCAAGUAUCGCUAGGUGCCAUGAAACUGAUCCGCAACUCGCGUUCAUUCCCAUUCCACUUCCACAUCAUACGCUCGAUUCUGCACCUGACCGAGCACACCCGCACGUAUGUGCCCCUCGUGCCGUCCCUCCUUCCGAUCCUUACAUCAACCAUGAGCUCGUCGUCGAAGCCGAAGGCCUCGACACUCCGGCACUUCGACUUCGACACGAACAUCCGGGCCCCCCAACAAUAUCUCAAGACCCGCGUGUACAACGAAGGUCUCGCGGAGGAGGCGAGCUAUCUCCUGGCAGAAUACCUAGCCAGCGGGCCCGUCCACGCGAGCAUCGCGUUCCCGGAGACGGUUGUGCCGCUUGUGAUGAUGCUCAGAAAAGCGAUCAAGGGUGCGAAGGCGUCCCCGUGGAAGGCGAAGGAGGCCGGGGUAGCCAAGGUCCUGGUCGAGCGCAUUGAGGAGAGUUCAAAGUGGGCGGAACAGAAGCGCAAGGGCGUGGCCUUUACUCCGAGCCGUAUGACGGAGGUGGAGGCAUGGGAGAACAGCGUCAAAGUGGACGAGUCGCCGCUGGGUAGAUACGUGAAGGUACAGAGGAAGGCACGGGAGAAGCGCCGGAAGCUGGUAGAGAAGGCAAGAGAAGGAGCGGACGAGAUCCUGGAAGAUUGA